AAGAACACAGUGAAGCUACAUGCAGCUAUGUGGAACAAAAAGCUUCAAUUUUUUACAGGCUUUUUUUUUGUGCUUGUUUUGACUUCAUCGGCAUUCAUUAGAGGUCAGGUCAGGUUGGCAGGUUCUGGAUCAACUCGGUGCUCUGGAAGGGUUGAAAUUUUCUAUGGAUAUGCCUGGGGAACGGUUUGUGAUGACGGCUGGGACAUGACUGAUGCUGAAGUGGUUUGUAAACAGCUGGGCUGUGGUACAGCACUCAGUGCACCAGGUUCUGCUCACUUUGGUCAAGGAGAUGGACAAAUCUUGCUUGAUGAAGUUCGGUGCUCAGGAAAUGAAAGCUCUCUAACCAGCUGUAGACACAACGGUUAUUGGACACAUGGCUGUAGUCAUAGUGAGGAUGCUGGUGUGAUCUGUUCAGAAUAUGCGAUCAGAUUGACUGGAUCAACUUCCUGCUCUGGAAGAGUUGAGAUCAACCAUGACGGCCAAUGGGGAACAGUGUGUGAUGAUGGCUGGGAUCUAACUGAUGCUCAGGUGGUCUGCAGACAGUUAUCCUGUGGUUCAGCAUUAAAUACCACUUCAUCAGCAGUUUUUGGUGAAGGAACUGGUCAAAUCUGGCUUGAUGAAGUGAACUGUACAGGAAGUGAAAGUACUCUAAUCAACUGUCAAAAUUCAGGGUUUGGGACACACAAGUGUAAACACAAUGAGGUUGCUGGUGUGGUCUGCUCAGGUCCGGUCAGGUUGGCAGGUUCUGGAUCAACUCUGUGCUCUGGAAGAGUUGAAGUUCACUAUAGAGAUACCUGGGGAACGGUCUGUGAUGACGGCUGGGACAUGACUGAUGCUGAAGUGGUUUGUAAACAGCUGGGCUGUGGUACAGCUCUCGAUGUAGUUGGUUCUGCUCGCUUUGGUAAAGGAUUUGGAAAAAUCUGGCUCAAUGAUGUUCAGUGCUCAGGAGAUGAAAGCUCCCUAACCAGCUGUAGACACAACGGUUAUGGGAGACAUAACUGUGGUCAUAGUGAGGAUGCUGGUGUGAUCUGUUCAGAAUAUGCGAUCAGAUUGACUGGAUCAACUUCCUGCUCUGGAAGAGUUGAGAUCAACCAUGACGGCCAAUGGGGAACAGUGUGUGAUGAUGGCUGGGAUCUAACUGAUGCUCAGGUGGUCUGCAGACAGUUAUCCUGUGGUUCAGCAUUAAAUACCACUUCAUCAGCAGUUUUUGGUGAAGGAACUGGUCAAAUCUGGCUUGAUGAAGUGAACUGUACAGGAAGUGAAAGUACUCUAAUCAACUGUCAAAAUUCAGGGUUUGGGACACACAAGUGUAAACACAAUGAGGUUGCUGGUGUGGUCUGCUCAGGUCCGGUCAGGUUGGCAGGUCCUGGAUCAACUCUGUGCUCUGGAAGAGUUGAAGUUCACUAUAGAGAUACCUGGGGAACGGUCUGUGAUGAUUACUGGAGCACAGUUGAUGCUAAUGUGGUUUGCAGACAGCUGGACUGUGGUACAGCACUCAAUGCAACGGGUUCUGCAUACUUUGGUCAAGGAGAUGGAAAAAUCUUGCUUGAUGAUGUUGAAUGCUCAGGAAAUGAAAGUUCUCUAACCAGCUGUGGACACAGAGGUUAUGAGAGCCAUAACUGUGGUCAUAGUGAGGAUGCUGGUGUGAUCUGUUCAGACUCUGUUAUCAGAUUGACUGGAUCAACUUCCUGCUCUGGAAGAGUUGAGAUCAACCAUGACGGCCAAUGGGGAACAGUGUGUGAUGAUGGCUGGGAUCUAACUGAUGCUCAGGUGGUCUGCAGACAGUUAUCCUGUGGUUCAGCAUUAAGUACAACUUCAUCAGCUGCUUCUCGUGAAGGAACUGGUCAAAUUUGGCUUGACCAUGUGAACUGUACAGGAAGUGAAAGCGCUCUAACCAACUGUCAGCAUGCAGGGUUUGGGACACACAAGUGUAAACACAACGAGGAUGCUGGCGUGGUCUGCUCAGCGAAUUUUCCACAGCCCAGGAUCUCUAUUAGCCCUGCUUCUGUGGUCAGCUGGGGUCAGGAAGUCAACAUCACUUGUUAUAUUACAGCUGCUCCUUUAAAUGGAACAUUUAUCCUCCGACAGACUUCAGGAUCAUUCAGAAUGACUCAGUCAUCAGAUUCCAACUCUGCCACCUUCAACAUCCCUAAAGUGGCCAUCGAUCAUCAUGGAGAAUUUCAGUGUCAGUUCGAGAAAAGGUUGUCUAACCAAACAUUAUCCUUCCUCAGUAACUCUGUUAGUCUUACAGUGAGACUUCCAAAGCCCAGCAUCUCUUUGAGGACGGAUGAUGAGGUCACCUGGGGUCAACAACUCAGCAUCACUUGUUCUGUUGAAGCUAAACCUUUCAAUGGAACAUUUAUCCUCCGACAGACUUCAAGAUCAUUCAGAAUGACUGAGCCAUCAGUUUCCUCCUCUGCUACCUUCAACAUCUUAAAAGUGACUCUGGAUCAUGAUGGAGAAUUCAUGUGUCAGUAUGUGAAAAGGAUGUCAAACCAAACAUUGACCUCUGACGAGAGUGACUUUGUUCGUCUUAGAGUGAACCUUCCCAAGCCCCGCAUCUCUAUUAGCCCUGCUGCUGAGGUCACCUGGGGUCAGCAAGUUACCAUCACUUGUUCUAUUGUAACUCCACAAUUUUCUUUUGGAACCAUUACUCUCCAAAAGACUUCAGGUUCAUUCAGAAUGACUCAGUACACACCUUCCACCAUUUCUAUCUUCAAAAUCCAAAAUGCGACCCUGGAUCAUGAUGGAGAAUUCCUGUGUCAGUAUCGGUCAAGGCAAAGAUUCUCCUCUAGCCGCAGUGACCCCAUUCAUCUUACUGUGAAUCUGUCCAGACCCAUCAUUUCCCUGACAUCCCCAGUUGGAGGGUUGGUCUGGGGUCCAGGAGGAGCAGAGGUUACCAAAGGUUACGGCUUCUCCUUCAUUUGCUCCAUUGACCCCAGAUUUCCUCAGGGAGAUUUCUCUCUCAUCUUCUCUGGAUCCAACAUCAGAGAAACCAGGCCAGCAGUCAAAAACUCGGCCUCCUUUAACUUCCCAGCUGCUGAGUUUGAACACCAGGGCAACUACAGCUGUGUGUAUGAGGUUACCAUGGCUACACAGAGGUUCGGUUCUGCUGAGGCAGAACCCAUUAGUCUGGUUCUUAAAUCCUCUUCACUGCUGCUGGUUUCCUCAGUCUCCAGUGGAAUCCUGCUGCUGGUCCUGCUGGUGUCUCUAGCAGUCUGUCUGGGCUGCAGGAGGAAACUUUGCUCUAAACGGCCCAAACCGUCUGGCCAGAACCAAACCCACUUCAAUGCUACCACAUCUGCUGAGGCUUUGAAGAACACAGUGAAGCUACAUGCAGCUAUGUGGAACAAAAAGCUUCAAUUUUUUACAGGCUUUUUCUUUGUGCUUGUUUUGACUUCAUCAGCAUUCAUUACAGGUCAGGUCAGGUUGGCAGGUUCUGGAUCAACUCGGUGCUCUGGAAGGGUUGAAGUUUUCUAUAGAUAUAACUGGGGAACGGUUUGUGAUGACGGCUGGGACAUGACUGAUGCUGAAGUGGUUUGUAGACAGCUGGGCUGUCGUACAGCACUCAGUGCACCAGGUUCUGCUCACUUUGGUGAAGGAUUUGGACAAAUCUUGCUUGAUGAUGUUCAGUGCUCAGGAUAUGAAAGGUCUCUAACCAGCUGUAGACACAACGGUUAUGGGAGACAUAACUGUGGUCAUAGUGAGGAUGCUGGUGUGAUCUGUUCAGCGAGCCUUCCAAAUCCCAGCAUCUCAAUAGGCUCUGAUGAGGUCACCUGGGGUCAACCACUCAGCUUCACUUGUUCUAUUGCUGCUACGCCUUUAAGUGGAACAUUUAUCCUCCAACAGACUUCAGGAUCAUUCAGAAUGACUGAGCCAUCAGUUUCUUCCUCUGCUACCUUCAACAUCCCUAAAGUGACUCUGGAUCAUGAUGGAGAAUUUAAGUGUCAGUAUGAGCAAAGGGUGUCAAGCCAAACAUGGACCUCUCCCUUCAGUAACUCUGUUCGUCUUAGAGUGAACCUUCCCAAGCCCAGCAUCUCUAUAGGCUCUGAUGAGGUCACCUGGGGUCAACCACUCAGCAUCACUUGUUCUAUUGCUGCUACGCCUUUAAGUGGAACAUUUAUCCUCCGACAGACUUCAGGAUCAUUCAGAAUGACUCAGUAUUCAGUUUCUUCCUCUGCUACCUUCAACAUCCCUAAAGUGACUCUGGAUCAUGAUGGAGAAUUUAAGUGUCAGUAUGAGCAAAGGGUGUCAAGCCAAACAUGGACCUCUCCCUUCAGUAACUCUGUUCGUCUUAGAGUGAAUCUGUCCAGACCCAUCAUUUCCCUGACAUCCCCAGUUGGAGGGUUGGUCUGGGGUCCAGGAGGAGCAGAGGUUACCAAAGGUUACGGCUUCUCCUUCAUUUGCUCCAUUGACCCCAGAUUUCCUCAGGGAGAUUUCUCUCUCAUCUUCUCUGGAUCCAACAUCACAGAAACCAGGCCAGCAGUCAAAAACUCGGCCUCCUUUAACUUCCCAGCUGCUGAGUUUGAACACCAGGGCAACUACAGCUGUGUGUAUGAGGUUACCAUGGCUACACAGAGGUUCGGUUCUGAUGAGGCAGAACCCAUUAGUCUCAUCAUCAAAUCCUCUUCACUGCUGCUGGUUUCCUCAGUCUCCAGUGGAAUCCUGCUGCUGGUUCUGCUGGUGUCUCUAGCAGUCUGUCUGGGCUACAGGAGGAAACUUUGCUCUGAACGGUCCAAACCGUCUGGCCAGAACCAAAUGACUUUCCAGCAGUUAAACAUACAAGACCUCGAGAAUGAUUGCGACGACUAUGAAAACAUUGAUGCAAUUCGCUCAGUAAAGAAGCUGGAGAUGGACAGAGAGUCAAUAAGUGAUGAUGUUUAUGUGGAAGCAGAGCCUAAUUUAAGACAAAUCGGUCUUGGUGUCAAGGUCCAUGCGUCAUCAGAACAAAGAUCUGAAGAUGAUGAAGAAAGCACUGAUGAAGAAGAUGUCUACGUGAAUGUUGAUGCAACCUGGAAAGAUAAUGUGGUGCAAGUUAAAAAAUUUGAAAAUGAGUAUCAAUAGAUGAAAGUUGAAAAUUAGUAAGACCAAAAUAGAUACAAAACAAAUAUUUAGCUUCAAAGAAUUUAGUCUAUAUAAGAAUAUGGCUGUGCCUGGGUCAUAGUGAAGUACACAGUACAUGACUGCAUA